AUGAAGGUGCUGCUGCUUCUACUCGGUGCCCUUGCGGCUGUGCCGUGUGCGCGAGCACAGGGAUCGUCGUCAUCGUCAUCGUCGUUUUCGUCGUCAUCGUCGUCUCUGCUCCGUGCUGCUGAACAGUUUCCUGGCUGUGCUGUAUCGUGCCUCGGCAGCUAUCUUCCUCAGUGCGACUUCACCAACGAGACCUGCUUCUGUACCAGCCAAGUCUUUCGACAAGAAAUGAACAUCUGCGUUCUCGCCAACUGCACGAUCCCGCAAGCGCUGACGGUCAAGAACUUGACCUCGAACGCGUGCGGCGAACCGGUCCGGAAUAGAUCCCACUUAUUCGUCGCCGUCAGCAAAAUAUUCGGCAUCACCUCCAUCGUCAUCGUCAUUCUGCGCUUCGCCUUCAAGCUGUGGGCCAGGAUAGGGUUAGGCCUGGACGACUGGUUCUGUCUCUUGUCCGUCGUCGUCGGAACUCCCGUCACAGUCAUCAGCUGCUAUGGGCUGGCGCCAAGCGGCCUCGGCAGGGACGCGUGGACGCUGACUCCGGACCAGCUAACCAGCUUUGGCCUCUGGCUGUACAUUGCCGAGGCCGAGUAUCUCGUCGAGGCGAUCAUCGUCAAGCUAGUCUUCAUCUUCUUCUACAUGCGGAUAUUUCGCGCGCCCGGGGUUCAGCGACUGCUUUGGGGUACCGUGGUGCUCGUGUCCGUGGCGGGUGUUGUGUUCGUCUCGGUCGUCAUCUUUCAGUGCACGCCCAUCCAGUACCUCUGGGUCAGGUGGGACGGGUUGCACCAGGGCCGCUGCCUGGAUAUGAGCAUGGUGGCCUGGACGAGCGCGGGUCUCAACAUUGUGCUCGACGGUUGGAUGCUGGCGAUUCCCAUGUCUCAGCUGAGGACGCUGAACCUCGACUGGAGGAGAAAGCUCGGCGUCGGCCUGAUGUUUGGUAUCGGAGCAAUCGUCACCUUCAUCAGCAUGCUUCGCCUCAAGGCAAUCGUCCACUUCGCGUCCAGCUCGACCAACCCCACCUGGGACUAUUUCGACCUGUGCCUCUGGUCCGUGCUCGAGAUCAACGUGGCCAUCCUCUGCUCGUGCCUGCCCUCGCUGCGGCAGCUGCUCGCGCGGCUUCUUGCCGAAAUCGCGAGCACGGGCCAGAGGUGCUACGCCAAGUGCGGAAGGCGCGCCACGCGGCCGUCCGACGCGGCCGCCCCGGUAUCGCAGGUCGUCGACGACAAGAGCCAGGGCGGACCAGGACCAGGACCAGGACCAGGACCAGGACCAGGAGCCCCGCCCAUCCAUAUCAGCAUGACCAACACCUUCACCAUCGUCUACGGGGACGACGAAGCAAACGAAAAGGGCCAUUUCAGCGCAGCGCGGGUCAAGGACGAGGAAAUGGCAUCGAGCUGCGGCAAGUCGGCGUCCUCUGCAUUAUCAUGA